AGUCCCAACCCAAUCCCGAAUCUGAACCCUACACCCCUAGCCCCAAGAGCCCUCGAUCACUAACUCCCUCACACCAGUAUGAAGAAGUCAUCUUGGUCAAAGCUGUAGUUGCCGCAUCCACCACCACCACCGUACCUGGCGACCAUCGUCUUCUCUCUAUCAGAUGCCACAGCUGCUGCUGCUGUGUGAUAGACACACGGUGACCUCCCAACAUCUGGCCUGGCAGUCUCCCACCAUCUGUGUGUCUCCUCCCUUGGGCCCGCUGGAGCCGUGUAGAUGCCAAACAUCCACAACCCAACGUCAAACCCCCCCUGACUCCCCAUUCAAGCCUGGGCUUGAACCGUGCGCCGUGAAUUUGGUUGCUUUUGCGCCGAUUAUUUAUACGCGUCAUUGUUUAACUUUGUUACGUUGUUGCUUUUGUCAUCUUGGUGACCCAGGGUCACUUAUAGCAAAUGACUCCAUCCUGGACUCAUUUUUUUUGACUUCUUGCCCAGUGAGAUGAAACCCACUUGAAAACUUGACCCCUGACUAUGCUGGGGAGAAAUAUGAAUAGGUGGUGAUGCUGGCAUUGGCCCUGCUUAACCAAACUAUUAUACCAGCUAAGGCCCACUGAGCUAUGUAGCUCUUUUAAAGAAGCAACCUGGCCACAAAUGGCUUAUCAUGUGGAAAUUUAUAGCAGCCAAAUACUCUAAAUGCGUGAUGUUGAUUCUAAAUGUGGAGGGGUAAAACCGGAGGACCUGGUGAAAAAUCCACACUACCAUGGAGAGAGAUAUGCAAACUCCAAAUAUACAGGCGUCAGGGUCGGGAUCGAACCCACGACCUCCAGUAUACCAGGCGAGGUAGUUAACAUCUCCUUAAUUUGCCAUGAUGAAGGGCGAUUUGUAUAAUUUCUCCCUUUUUAGUGACGAAUGUGUUUGGAUUGUUCCGUGUGGCGGAGGCUUCACACGUCGCCGCCUUUUGUUUGCGCAGGGAAGAGCAUCUUCGGGGAGCGCUUCCCGGACGAGAACUUCAAGCUGAAGCACUACGGGCCCGGCUGGGUGAGCAUGGCCAAUGCGGGCAAGGACACCAACGGCUCCCAGUUCUUCAUCACCACCGUCAAGACGGGCUGGCUCGACGGCAAGCACGUUGUGUUCGGCAAGGUGCUCGAGGGCAUGUACGUAGUGCACUCCAUCGAGCUGCAGCAGACGGACGACCACAACCGCCCGCUCGCCGACGCUGUCAUAGCCGCCUGCGGCACCAUCGCCGUGGCCGAGCCGUUUACUGUGCCCGUCGAGGGCUGGUAGCGCCUGUGGGGUCCCCG